AUGGAAGUCAAAAAUAUGAAAAAUGGCUGCACGGAGCCAAGAAAAUUUAGAGACGAUGAUUCAGGGGAUGACAAACAGCCUGAGAAUACUAGAGUAACUAUUAACAAAUUCCAGCCUACACUUAGCUAUGCAUCGACUGAAAUUACUCCUCCCAAAGGAGAAAUUGAGACCAUAGAAGUUAUCGAUGAGUGGGCAUUAAUCUACUGUAAUGAUGACAUGCCUGUAACUCGCAAUACGGUAGGUGGCUACUCCGCCAACUUCCACCCAUCCAGAACAGCUAUUAGGGAAGAGAAGAAAGUUGAAGAACUCUCUGAUUCCGAGUCGAAAAAGUUCGAAAAUCCCCCUGCUCCAGGAAAGAAGUCUUCAUCAGGGCUUUGAAGCUCAAAAGGUAUAAAGUUCAGUUUUAAAGAGAAUCUUGAUAACCAAAGGAACGCCCCAGCGAUGAAGGAGCUGCUUAAACCAAAGUUUGCACCACGCUUGCAACCUCAAAAGCCGUUUCUACCUAGGAAGCCUAAGUGCAAGAAAAUGAAGCCAAUAGAUAUCAAAAAUUCAAAACUAACUAACACUUUACCGAAAAGAUCCCUAAAGGCAUCCUCUUCUAUAAUAAAGUUGUCGUACCACAAACCAAGGAAGGGAAUCAGCAGCAAGAACCAAGUGAAUAGGCAAGUUUAAGAUGAUUAUCCUUUAGGAAUUCGUUCUAUAACAGACAUAAGAAAA